CUUUAUUGAACACCAGUUAUACUACAAGAAUCGGUGCAGCCUUUUAAUUAUUGUGUAUCAUUAAUUUAACACAACAGAUCCGUCUGAGGAUGUGGAGUUUCUCGAGUCUUCUAGUGCUAGGAUAUUUCACCUCUGUAUGUAGUCAUCAGAAGAGGAGCAUAGAUUUAAUAGCAGCUCACAGCUUAAUAUCCCAGGAGAGGUUGCCGCAAGACGUCGUUCCGAAUGGAUACCACUUAUCCCUUCAACCAUUUCCGGCGGACGGGUAUUUCGACGGAAAAGUAAAAAUCACCGCGACAGUGCAACAUAAGACUAGCGAAAUAAUCGUCCAUGCCGACCAAGAUUUGGUCGUACUGGACUGUAAUGUAACUCAGCUCCUAGCCUCAUCUGACGAGUCGACAAUUAAGCAAUCUGCAACAUCGAACACGACCAAAUUACCUGUGCAAUCGACCCAAAAAUUAAGUAAAAAAUCCUUGUUUACGAUUACCCUCCAGAGUCCAGUGGAACCGGGGGUUAUUUUAGAAAUCCAUAUACGAUUCACCGGAAGAAUAUUUAACGACUCGUCAGAGGGCUUGUUCAGAAGCAGCUACGUCGAUCCGGUAACUAAAGAAACUAAAUGGUUUGUUGCGACGCACAUGCGACCGAACUUAGCUAGAAGCGUAUUUCCUUGUUUCGAUGAGCCCGCUUAUAAAGUACCCAUUGUGAUUACAGUAGGUAGACUUAAAAAUAUGACCGCCGUUACUAACAUGCCUUUGGCAAAAAUUGUAUCGAUGGAGAACUCGGAUGAUUGGGUUUGGGCUACUUUCCUGGAAACGCCACCAAUAUCAACAUUUUCCAUCGGAAUCGUAAUAUCGGAAUUUACUUCUUUGAUCUACAACGUCUCAAAUGAGAAUGAUACGAGGUUAAAAAUACGCGCUAGGCCAGACUUUAUAUCCGCAUUGACAAAUGUCUCUGAUAAAGUCGUAAGGGCAUUAGAAAUUUUGGAGGACUUCUGGCAAACGCCUUACCCGUUGCCCAAGUUAGACAUUUUCGCUCUCCCAAACUAUCAGGCCACGAGGCCGGCGGAUGGCUGGGGAAUACUUCUAUUCAAAGAAAGCGAACUGAGCGGAAAGGGAUCAUGGCAUAUCACUCAAGAGUUGGUCUACCAGUGGCUGGGGGCCUUGGCGACACCAUUUUGGUGGAGCGACGCACACAUUAACAACGCUCUUGUUAGAUUCGUUACUGCUUAUACGACGCUCAAGAUGGAUGAAAACGAGACUUUCAACAACUGGCCGAUGACCAUGCUGUAUUCGAUUUAUUAUGAAUUUAGUAAAAGGUAUCCCCAUGGAAAAAGUACAGCUAUUAAACAGGACUCGGCCUCUGCAAAAACUGAGUUGGUAUUCAGGAUGUUGAAUUACACCCUCGGGGAGAGUACGUUCAAGCAUGGAUUACAAAAGUUUAUCGCUGACAGGAAGUAUAAAACUUUCUUUGGAGAUGACAUUUGGCACUGUCUAACGGAACAGGCUAGAUUUGACGAAAGACUGCCCAAAACCAUCACCGUCAACGAAAUCGCAGCGUCCUGGAUUACCAAAGACAGACUGCCUGUCGUUACCGUUCUUAGAAAUUACGACGAUAACUCUGCAACUCUGACGCAGAGGGUGUACUUAAGAGAGCGACCACACGACGUCCCGGACCAAGAAAAGUUUGUUUGGUGGAUUCCCAUCGUCUUGAUAGGGCAAGACCACUUGAACUUUUUCAAUUCCACCCCGCAGGUUUGGAUGAAACGAGAACGGGAAAUAAAAAUUAGCCACCUUCCAGGGAAAGACUCCUUUAUCAUAAUUAAUCCAGAGGAAAUUGGGCCGUUUCCUGUAAACUACGACAUAAAAAAUUGGAAUAUGUUGGCGCAGUACCUUUGCACAGAAAAUAGAACACAAAUUCCAGUAAAUACGAGGGCCAAAUUGUUACACGACGCUUGGAAUUUGGCAUACGCCGGUGAUCUAAGUUUUGCCACUGCUCUAAAUAUGACUUUGUUUUUGAAACAUGAAAGGGAAUAUUUAGCUUGGGAUCCCGUUUUUACACUUAUUGACCACAUAGGCAGGCAUAUUGACAGUUCUUCUGUUCAUAAAAAAUUUCAGUCGUACGUUAGAAUUCUUCUGACGCCUCUUUAUGAAGAAUUAGGAAAUGAACCUCAAGAAGGAGAAAGUGAGGGUCGGGCACAUUUGCGAAGUUCCUCAAAGGUUUUCUUAUGUCAAGCGGGUUACAAGCCUUGCAUAGAAGAGGCUCAAACGGCUUUCAAGAAAUGGAUGCAGAGCAACAAUCCCGAUGAAGGAAAUCCGGUAGCAAACCAAUACAUUUGCCCUGUAUUCAAAUGGGGGACGCAAGAGGAAUGGGAAUUCGGUUUGCAGAGGGUUAUUAAAUUCCCACAGAGCAGAAAACAAAACGAACGAACGUAUUUACUGAAAACCUUAGCUGGCUGCCCUAAUGAUGCCCAUAAGAUCGAAACGCUGUUGAACAUCACUGUUAUCGAACAAAACGGCAAUUUUACGGACAACGAUAUUUACCUAAUAUUUAGCAUGUUAACCGGCGGAGCAAAUGGCUAUACGAGUCUGUUCAAUUUCUUGCGGAAGAACUGGGAUAACAUAAAAAUAAGGUUCGAGGAAAAACCUCAUCUAUGGAAUAGUCUGAUUACGUCAGCCACUACCGUCUUCAAGACACAGGAAGGCUUAGAUAUGGUGUCCGAAUUGUACGUGGAAAGACAAAGCGAAUUCGGCACGGCGGAUUUCGUUAUAGAGAAAGCAUUGAGAAACAUAAAAGAAGAAACUAAGUGGAGCAACGAUAAUUUGCCAGUCAUAGAGAAAUGGUUGGACGAAUAUCUAAAAGUUAAUGAUGUGGAUCCCACAAAAACUCGUUGAACUAGUGUUUGCUGUUAAAUUCUCUUGGAUUACUGGGAGAUAUUUACUAAUCUGUAGAUAAUUUUGUUUAUGUAUAAUAAAAUAUUUAUUGUGG